CGGGCGACAGCAAUAUGAUCAAGGCGGCCAAGUUAAUUUGUGGAAGUUUUCACGGCGAUCUGGGCGAAGUUGAGCUCUUAUCCUCAAUGGAUUGUUCCUUUGGUGGAGCGGCUUAUGAUUGAAGGGAGGAUACUGCAUAAUGCAGUUAAAGAUGUAGACACACGGACACGACUUGGCUCGGUUCCCGGAUGUGCAUUGCAAUCCUCUUCGCCCCCAUCCAAUUCUUCUGCCAGGCACAGCGAAUUCGGCAAGGACUCUUUUCUUUCCGAACAACCGCACCCGUCUCUUGGAUGUAGAGAUGUUCAGCCUAAUUUGGCCAUUAGUGGCUGGCGGGUUAUGACAUUAACUCGUUCUCUCUCUGCUUCCAGGUCUUUCCUUCAUUCUAAUUGCGUCAUUCCUAUUGUAGAUGCCUCGCACACACAAGUUACCCCCACAUCAUUUCUUUACACUACUCACCGUUCAACGUCACGCAUCCUUCACCCUUACUCGUGGCCAGGUCGCACUAACAGACAGUGUUCAAAUCAUCCCGUCUCAUUCAUUUCAUUUCUAUGUUCUGUCCCGCAUUGAACAUACUUGCGAUACUUUUCCCACUCUUCCCACUCCUCUGUUUUCUUGAUUUUAUUCGCUGAUGGGUAAUCAAACCGGCGCACGAUCGAAGCCUCCCAUUCACCUCCCAUUGGGCCAACGGACAAGUGGACCAGUGUUGGCCCCACAAUUAAGCGGCAUUAGUUUCAGGGCGCUGUCUAUGGAUUGGCGCUUGAUCCAAAGAAGAGAAGGGUUGUAGAGAACCAUUUUAUCGGUAGCUGGAACAUGAUAAGCCUUUAAGCUCUUCGAUAG